AUCUGGCAUCCCUGAUCUGGCCCUUCAUUCGGCUGUCAAAGUUGAAGGUGAAUAAAACAGCAGCCAUCAUCCACAGCGCUGUAACUAAACUAACAGUUUUGGCUGCUGUUCUAGUUGAAAUUCUUCUAGUGUUUUACGCCCCAAAACAAGAUGGAUGCAAUGAGCUUGAGUUUGGACGAGAUCAUUAAAAAGAAAUCUGUUUGGAAGCGUUCAAAACAACAGGGAUCACCGGCGAAGGCUCAAAAGGCUGGAAAAUCCAGUAAACCCGGAGUACGAGCAGUGGAGACGGCUCGUUCUCAACCGAUUAAAAGAUUUCAAGGUAAUGCAAACGGUAGAAAAAAGAAUGCAGCUUCCGUUAGCGAUAAACCGCGACCAGGAAUUGGGAAGCCGAAGCUGGUUGUUGAUGCACGAAUGAAGAUCAUCCAGAAGAAGCGUGCGCAAAUUAGAGAUGCUCGGGAUAAAUUAGUCGAGAUCGCCAGGAAUAGUGGAGAUGCCAGGUUGAGAUUACUGAAACGCAAGGGCAAAGUGUCCACCGCGAAUGGAUCGCCCAAGAAAGAACCCAAAACUGGAGGGAGACUGUAUCGUGAUAGUAUGGAUGUUGAUUAUGACAUGGAAGUGGACAUUCGUCGUCCAAUCGGGCCGCUUAAACGAACCGUUCGCAACGAAAUGUUUACUGUGCCCAGCACAAUGCCUCCUUUGCCAACCUUCAGUAGGAAUGUCCGUAACUCGCCUCCUGCACAAUCAUCUUCAGCGUCAUGGGGCAGUGAUCCGUUCGAUUGUUACGAAGUGCAUACAAGUCGUCCUGUUAUUCAGAAAGCACCUCCACCAGCGCCGCUUCCCCACUACGACGACUUACCUCCUAGACGCGGGAUGGCACGAACGAGAUCCCCUCCUCCACCUCAUCCCAUGUAUGCAGAGGAUAGGCCCCAUCUUUCGUCCACAAUGCGAGCUCGAUUGGAACGGGCGCCCAAUCCCGGUGAAUCGAUGGGAAUUUUCUCGAAAAUGACUUCCGAUGAACAUAUGAGUAGUAGCAGCAGACACCAUCACCAUCAACAUCAACAGCCACUUUCUCCUUCGCCAUCGCCACCGAUCACCGGCUACAGAAUCGUUGUUAGUAAUUUACACUCCAGUGUAACACAGAACGACAUUAAGGAGCUUUUUGAAGACAUUGGCGAUCUGCUCGAGUCACGUCUGGUACGUCCAGGAGUAGCGGAGGUAAUUUAUCGAACUCUGAAAGAUGCCGAAGAGGCCGUUGAUACGUACCACAACAGACAGCUUGACGGCCAACCGAUGAAAUGUUUGCUUGUGAAGCCACGGGCAUCGAAUAAACCCACAGCGCCGGCCAUCGUGUACUCGAGCUCUUCAAGAACUUUGAAACCCUCUUCACUCACAUCAUCGUCGUCGUCGAAGAAGUCACACGUUGAGAUAGAUAUCGAUGCUUUGCAUACUGUGCUUUUCAGAAGAGAUCACUAGGAAAAUACGUCCUUACAUACGUUUAGAAAUUUCAUCCUUCUCACAAAUGUACACACAAACACACUAACAGAAGCAAGAUCGCCAAAUAAAUUUUAUUGGAUAUAAAAUUCUUUCCCGGGCAAUUCCGAAGUGUUCCAAACAUUUGAUCCCCACACUUAUCCUCAAUCACACAAACAGAGCUCGAGCUAUAAAUAAUGUAACAAUAUUAGGUUCACAAGAUACACUCUAUCGAUGGAAUAUACGCAGAUAUUCUUCGAUUUUUGAUGAUGGAAAUAAUACACACUUAAUGUAACGUGAAUAAGUUAGUCACAGCUACAAUAGGUCAUUCUCAAUCUAAGUGAAACAGAUCGAACAAAUAGUAAUAAAUGUUAAGAAUGAA